GCAGUCUUGAAUGGCACCAGCUUUGUUGAGUAGCUACCUGCUACUGCUAACUAGCAAGUAUCUCCUGCCAGUGUCUGGACACAGAUAUGGACAUCGACGCAUUGUUGGACGCGUUUCAAGAUUUUGACAAGAAAGGGAAGAAAGAGACCUGUCCUGUACUAGAGCAAUUCCUGUGUCAUGUUGCCAAGACAGGGCAGCCACUACUGGCGUCUCCAAUAUCUUCCAGGAUCUCAUGGUCCCAGUUCAAAAGUUACUUCAUGUUUAAGCUGGAAAAAGUCAUGGAUGAUUUCCAUACUUCAAUGCCAGAACAGAGAGGACCACAUAAUCCCAAUGUAGAGUAUAUUCCCUUCGAAGAGAUGAAGACGAGAAUCUUAAAAAUAGUCGAUGGCUACAAUGGAAUCCCGUUCACCAUUCAGCGUCUGUGUGAACUGCUGAUAGACCCAAAGCGUAACUACACAGGAACGGACAAGUUUCUCAGGGGUUUGGAGAAGAAUGUAAUGGUGGUCAGCUGCGUGUACCCUACCUCAGAGAAAAAUGCGGCCUCCAGUUUAAACAGAAUGAAUGGAGUGAUGUUUCGUGGUAACUCUUCCCUAUAUUUAGACAGUCGAAAUAUAAAUGGACCCAGCACACCAAAACCGCUCCACAGACCAAAGUUGUCAAUGUCAAGUUCGCUUUCGACCAAUGGGCUCCCAGACUAUCUAGGGAGCAAAGAGCAAGAACCAACCACAGAAGAGAAUGAGGAGCACCAUAUCAGUGAUUCUUCACUAUCGGAAGGUGAAAUGUCGCCAAACAGCGGGGUAAAAAACAAACACCCGGAGGAGGACGACAGUUCUGAUUCUGAAGAACACGAGGUCAAGAGGCUCAAGUUUGACGAACAGGAAGAGGAUGAAACGGAAAAGGAAGAGGAAGAGGAAGAGAAAGAGUCUGAUGCAUCUUGUAAAAUGUCAGGGAGCUUGUCAGAGAUGCCAGACUCUUUACAAGACUCUUGUGGUCAAGAGUGCCAAAGUGGAACAUCUUGUGACACAACUUGUGAUGAUGAGCCCAGUAGCAGGACAGAAACAUCUGAACGGGAGGAAGAAUCGUCUGCGACAGAAGACGUCCACAUUCCGAAGAAUGACGACACUGUGGACCAGCCUGACCUGCCUGCCCCAUCAGAGAAGAGCACAAGCUUUGAGCAGGACAAUGUUGAGGAGAGCAGCAGCGGCAACAGUGACGGUGAGGAUCUGUCCAGCAACAAGCAGCUUCCCUCUUCUGGUAGUAGUUCACCAGACCUGUCAACAGAGGGCGAUGCUGACAACUCAAACAUCACAGAGACUGCAAAAGAGCCUGGGGAACAUGACUAACAUGAAGCCCGGCCUUACAAACAGACCUUUUUUUUACACUGUAUGAUGCCACACAAAGGGUAUAUCUGUAGCACUGUGGACCUUUAGGACCAGGACUGAUGUGGACUCUAAAAUUCCUCACAGAAGGAUCUAUUUGUCCUCUGGAGUUUCAAUUUGCCUGGUCAUUAAAUUAGAAGGAAAAAGAAGACUAUGGACUAUAUAUUUUUUAACUCUUGUCUAAAAGGUUUUCUAAUUUUUUUCCCCCCUGAUUUUUUAUAUCUGAGCAUUUUAAUUUAAUCUAAUGUAUUCUCUGAUUUCUUAAUUCAAUAAUCAUUUAGCAUUUGUUUCCAUGAAGAUGCGUUUGACUGUUUGAAUUAUGUUUUUAUCUUGACCUAGUUGUUUUUUGACCAUCUCGCUUGCUCGCUCGCUCUCUCUCCAGUUGAAUGAGGAAACCUGCUAUUAAGAAUGCAAAACAAAACUUGACAGACGUUUGCUUUUUUUGUAUGAUGCAUAUACCAUAACAUGCUGUAUGUACGUAUGUAUGUUACAUUUGUUUAGAUUGACCCUUUUAACAUAUGUGAAAAACAUAGUUUUGCUUCGUUACUGUAUGAAGACAAUAUUAACAUACAAUACAGUAGUAAUCAUUUAGGUUCAAUAGAGUAUUGUUUUGGCUUAAGUGAAGCCAUCUCUGCAUCAGAUCUAGUCCUGAGAACAUGCGGUACUUUUACAUUUCAUGUUUGUCAUACCUUAGUUGUAUAGCUGUCCCUUUUGAUAGCAAGGAUUUUUACAGUACGUGUCUGUAUAUCGGUUUUUGUAGACUUGUAAUACUCGUGUCCACUGCCUUCAUAAAACUGAUAACUGCUGGAAAUUGAAUGCUUGAGCUUGUAUCAUAGUAUUCAUGGGAAAGCAAUAAAUGAUAAAACCUAACAUGUAGUUUGCUCAGUUUAUCUCAAAUAGAGCAACUAGGUACAAAACAAAUGUGUACAGUGAAUUCAGGGAAUUACUUUUUUUUUUUUUUUAUCUUGCUUUUGCAUUCUCAAGAGCCAGAUACUGCCCUCAGGAAUAGAUUAAGACCACAGUGGUGACCAAAAACUGAGCUAAACAAGAACUAAAAGUUAUUCAGGAAGGCAAAACAAAUGUGUUAAUAUGCCACUGUUUUGUUACCAUGUAUGUGGUGCUGUGUUAAUGAUGUGUAUUGCAAUUUUUUAUUGUUUGUAUAGUGUGUUAACUUGCCUAUCUUCUACCAUAACGUUCAGCUAAACAUGCUACAUUAUUAGAUACUUAAUCUCUCUUUUAAAUGUAUAUAUUACCACAUGAUAGCUUGCUUGCUUAUGGUCCUGGUUUUGACACAAUGUUGUUAUUUUACUGAGAGAGCAGAGGAGCUGAUGUUUAAAUAGUAGGUCUUAUUAUUUCCCCCCCGUCGAGCACUGGAGAAUGAACCUGUUUAUUGGAGGAACCAAAUUAUGGGUUAGAUUUAGAACAUCCCCUGUGUAAUAAUAGAAGGCAUGAUUCAUUUUAAUCUAUGUGGAUAACAUCCAGUCUCUGCUCAGAUGGCAUUGACACUUCUAAGCUAAGAUUAACACUGUUCCUGUUGUCAGCAGAUAUCCUGGGCCAGGCCAAGCCUUCACCUGUGAACAAAGGCUGCAUAACAUGUUAAACCGUAACUCUGUUACCACCGUUUUACACCGACUACAUCACCUGGAAACCAUUUCCUGUUAAUUAUAAAAAUGUAUUUUGCCCUGAA